AUGGACACACUCAACAAUGCCACCAGGGCGUCCUCCGUCCUGACGUCGGUCCUCGCCAACUCGAAAUAUGUCGGCGCCAACGUGCCUCCUCAGGUCGACUAUGUGAUCGAGACAAUUGCCAACGCCGGCGCGUGGACCUGGUUCUUCACCAUCUUGGCCGUCUGCGUCGCCUAUGACCAGAUCAGCUACCUCAUGAACAAGGGCUCCAUUGUCGGCCCGGCAUGGAAGCAACCCUUCAUUGGACCCUUCCUGCAGUCUAUGGACCCCAAAUUCGAGGAGUACUAUGCCAAGUGGAAGAGCGGUCCCUUGAGCUGCGUCUCUGUCUUCCACAAGUUUGUCGUCAUUGCGUCCACCCGAGACAUGGCUCGCAAGGUCCUCAACUCCCCGGCGUACGUCAAGCCUUGCGUUGUCGAUGCCGCGUACAAGCUUCUCGGAGAGGACAACUGGGUUUUCCUCGACGGCAAGCCGCAUGUGGACUUCCGAAAGGGCCUGAACGGUCUCUUCACCCGCAAGGCUCUCGAAUGCUAUCUGCCCGGCCAGGAGGAGGUGUACAAGACGUACUUCAAGCGCUUCCUCGACGUCACCAAGGCGAAUGGCGGCAAGCCCGUUCCCUUCAUGCCCGAGUUCCGAGAGCUGAUGUGCGCCGUGUCCUGCCGCACCUUUGUCGGACACUACAUCUCCGACGAGGCUGUCAAGAAGAUUGCCGACGACUACUACCUCAUCACCGCCGCUCUCGAGCUGGUCAACUUCCCCAUCAUCCUCCCAUACACCAAGACGUGGUACGGAAAGAAGGCGGCCGACAUGGUUCUCGCCGAAUUCGCAAAGUGUGCCGCCAAGAGCAAGGUCCGCAUGGCUGCCGGAGGAGACGUCACCUGCAUCAUGGACGGCUGGAUUCUGCAGAUGAUCCAGUCGGAGCGCUGGCGCGAGGCUGAAGAGAAGGGCUUGUCGACCGAGGGCCUGGUGAAGCCGGCGCCCAUGCUGCGCAUGUUCCGAGACUAUGAAAUCUCGCAGACCAUCUUCACCUUCCUCUUCGCUUCCCAGGAUGCCACCAGCAGUGCCGCGACGUGGCUGUUCCAGGUUACCGCCCAACGACCCGACGUUCUCGACCGCGUCCGAGAGGAGAACCUCAAGGUCCGCAACGGUGACCCCUAUGCCGAGCUCAACAUGGAUCAGCUCGAGUCCUUGACCUACACCCGUGCCGUCGUCCGCGAGCUUCUGCGAUACCGCCCGCCUGUGCUCAUGGUUCCGUACAAGGUCAAGAAGCCGUUCCCCAUCACCGAGAACUACACUGUCCCCAAGGGUGCCAUGCUGAUCCCCACGACGUACAUGGCCCUGCACGAUCCCGAUGUUUAUGAGAACCCCGACUACUUUGACCCCGAGAGAUACUACUCGGGCGAUGCCGAAACCAAGGGCGCCAAGAACUACCUGGUGUUCGGAACCGGUGCUCACUACUGUCUGGGCCAAGUCUAUGCGCAGCUCAACCUGGCCCUGAUGCUCGGAAAGGCGUCUGUGCAGAUGAACUGGACUCAUCACGCUACCCCUCUCUCAGAGGAGAUCAAGGUGUUUGCCACGAUUUUCCCCAAGGAUGACUGCCCUCUUACUUUCGAGGAGAGGAAAUGA